UCACUCAUUCCCUCUCUCAGCAUCAGCAGACAUACACUGGCUGGAUGGAGCACUCUCACUGAGAGCAGAGAGACAGGAGGGAAUGACAGGACUGUCAUCUGUCUAAAGAAAAUUAAAAAGCACUUCAAGAGUUCCUGAUGUUUUUAACCUUUCGUUUGGCAACACAUCGCAGUUCCCUAGACGGAGGCACGUCUCUGAGCCUGUAGAGGAGGAUUGGUCUCACUAAGGAUCAAACCCACAUCUCCAGUAUCUUAAAACAGUUUGAACAAUCACACCAGUAAGAAGAGUCAAGGAGCAAAUCAUCAUGGGGAUGCGAGGCCUGCUACUGGCCUGUGUGGCAGUAGCCUUGUUAGUUCAUCUCUCUAGUGCUGGCCUGGUGAAAAGAGUAAUUAGACACAGAAGAGAAUCACUGUCACCGACCACUGAGAACUUGACCCUCCCAAGUCCUGAUCAGCCUGUGGUUUUUAACCAUGUAUACAACAUCAACGUUCCCUCUGGAUCCCUGUGCUCUGUGGACUUGGAUUCACCUGAAACAACACCAGUGAAGCCAAAACCGGCCAAUCUGCAGUCUGACCAACACAUAGAACACACCAUGGACGGAGAGAAUCAGAUUGUUUUUACGCAUAGGAUUAAUAUUCCUAAGCAAGCUUGCGGUUGUGAUAACCACAUGCCUGACCUGAAGGAUCUUCUGAACAGGCUGGAAAUGCUGGAGGCAGAGGUAUCCAGUCUAAGAGAGCAGUGCACCAGUGGAACAGGCUGCUGUAGUGCUCAGGUUACAGCAGGUGAAGUCACAACCAAACCCUACUGCAGUGGCCGUGGAAACUACAGCACUGAGACCUGCAGCUGUGUGUGUGAGCCCGGUUGGAAGGGAGUCAACUGCUCUGAGCCAGAAUGCCCAAACUUUUGCCAGGAUCAAGGCCGUUGUGAAGACGGCAAGUGUGUCUGCUUCGAGGGCUUCGGCGGUGAGGACUGCAGCAUCGAGCUGUGCCCUGUGGAUUGCGGUGAGAAUGGAGAGUGCAUUGACGGGGCUUGCAUCUGUGCUGAGGGCUUCAUUGGUGAGGACUGCAGUUUGACCAACUGCCUAAACAACUGCCUAGGCAGGGGGCGCUGUGUGGAUGACGAAUGUGUAUGUGACGAGCCUUGGACGGGCUUUGACUGCUCCGAGCUCAUCUGUCCCAAUGACUGCUUCGACCGUGGCCGCUGUGACAAUGGAACCUGCUAUUGUGAAGAGGGCUUUACUGGGGAGGACUGUGGGGAGCUUACCUGCCCCAAAAACUGCAAUCACCGUGGCAGGUGCGUCAAUGGACAGUGCGUCUGCAACAUUGGCUACAGCGGAGACGACUGCUCCAAGCUAACCUGCCUCAAUGACUGCAAUCAGAGAGGGCACUGCUUCAAUGGGAAGUGCAUAUGUGAUCCUGGGUUCGAGGGUGAGGACUGCAGCAUUCUUUCCUGCCCUGACAACUGCAAUGACAGGGGACAGUGCGUCAACGGUGAGUGUAUUUGUGAUGAUGGAUAUGAAGGUGACGACUGCUCUGAGCUUUCCUGCCCCAAUAACUGUCACGAUCGUGGCAGAUGCGUCAACGGGAAGUGCAUUUGCAAAGUUGGCUUUGCUGGAGAAGACUGCAGCAUCAAGACCUGUCCCCAUGACUGCCAUGAACGCGGAGAGUGUGUGGACGGCAAAUGCAUUUGCCAUGAUGGCUUUGCUGGAGAACACUGUGGCAUCAAGACCUGUCCCCAUCACUGCCAUGGACAUGGGCAGUGUGUGGACGGCAAGUGCAUUUGCCACCAUGGCUUUGCUGGAGAAGAUUGCAGCAUCAAAACCUGUCCCAGUCACUGCCAUGGACAUGGACAAUGUGUGGACGGCAAGUGCAUUUGCCAUGAUGGUUUUGCUGGAGAAGAUUGCAGCAUCAAAACCUGUCCCAAUGACUGUCAUGAGCGUGGAAAGUGUGUGGAUGGCAAGUGUGCUUGCCAUGAUGGUUUUGCUGGAGAAGACUGCAGCAUCAAAACCUGUCCCAAUGACUGUAAUGAGCGUGGACAGUGUGUGGAUGGCAAGUGCGUUUGUCAUGCUGGUUUUUCAGGCCAUGACUGCAGCGAGUUGACUUGCCCCAAUGACUGCUAUAACAGAGGACUUUGUGUAAAUGGCCAAUGUGUGUGUAACAGCGGGUUCACUGGGGAGGACUGUGGUACAAAGGCGUGUCCCAACAACUGCCUGGACCGUGGCUACUGUGAAGAUGAAAAGUGUGUCUGUUCUGAGGGCUACACCGGUGAGGACUGCUCUGUUCUGACCUGCCCAGCAAACUGCAAUGAUCAAGGCCAAUGUCUGAAUGGAAUGUGCAUAUGUGAUUUAGGCUUCACUGGCGACGACUGCUCUGAAAUCUCCCCACCCAGAGACCUGACUGUGACUGAGGUCGAUCCAGAAACAGUGUAUGUUGCCUGGGUCAAUGAGAUGCUCGUGACGGAGUAUCUUAUCAACUAUGUGCCUACGGCUCCUGGCGGUUUGGAGAUGGAAAUGAGAGUUUCUGGUGAAAAGAAGACAGCCACUAUUAGGGAGUUGGAGCCUGGCAUAGAGUACCUAAUCAGUGUCUUUGCUGUCCUGAACAGCAAGAUGAGUGUCCCUGUCAGUGCCAGAAUAGCCACACAUCUUCCUGAACCUGAGGGUCUGAAAUUCAAAUCGGUUAGAGAGACCUCAGUGGAGGUUAAGUGGGACCCCUUGAACAUCCCAUUUGAUGGCUGGAACCUCAUCUUCAGAAACACAAAAGAAGAGGAUGGAGAGAUUUUGAACUCUCUCACCGCUCCUGAGACCACCUUUGAGCAGUCUGGUCUUGGACCUGGACAAGAGUAUGAAGUCAAACUUGAGGUCUUAAAGAACAACACUCGUGGACCCCCAGCCAGCAAGAACAUUGUCACAAUGAUUGAUGCUCCCAGCCAGGUGGAUGUGCGUGAUGUGACAGACACUACAGCCCUUAUCACCUGGUUUCAGCCUGUCGCUCAGGUGGACGGGAUCUCUGUGUCCUAUGGCCCAAUCACAGAUAUAGACAGGAACACAAUAGAGUUUUCCUCCAUGGAUACCCAGUACCAUCUGGCUGAGCUGUACCCUGACACAGAGUAUGAGGUCUCUCUCAUGGCCCGCAGGGGAGAGAUGACCAGCUUUCCGGUCUUUGAGACCUUCACAACAGACCUUGAUGCCCCCAGCAACCUCAAGACAGUUGAACAGACAGAUGAGAGUAUAACUCUGGAGUGGAAAAACAGCAUGUCUGAUGUCCUCAAUUACCGCGUCAAAUACGGCCCACUUUCUGGAGGGGAGCAUGGAGAACUGGUCUUCCCCAGCGGCCCGCAAGAUACCACUCAGGCUAAAAUCACUGGCCUUAGGCCCGGGACGGAGUAUGGAAUGGGAGUGACGUCAAUCAAGGAAGAGCGUGAGAGUUUGCCUGCGACGACCAAUGCUGUGACUGAUAUUGAUGCUCCCAAAGACCUUGAAGUAAGUGAGACCACGGAGACCACAUUGGCACUGGUUUGGAGAAGGCCGGUCGCCAAAAUCGACACCUAUGUGCUAGUGUUUACAUCUGCGGAUGGCACAGAAACUGAAUUGGAGGUACCUGGUGCUGCCAAUACCUACAUCCUGACUGACCUGAAUCCUGGCAUGCUGUACACCAUCAGCCUGACUGCCAAGAGAGGAAGAAAGAUGAGUGUGCCAGCCACUCUGUCAGCAUCCACAGAUGAAGAGAAGCCUCAGGUGGGCAACAUCACCAUCUCUGAUGUGUCCUGGGACAGCUUCAGUGUGUCCUGGGAGCUGGACAGAGGAGAGGUUGAGGGCUUUCUGGUUGAAGUAUCUGACCCAGAUGGCUUAUCUGAUGGCCAGAACCAUACACUAUCUAGCCAGGAGUUCAGCCUGGCUGUCACUGACCUCUCCCCUAGUACUUUCUACAGGGUCAUACUGUAUGGGCUGUACAAGGGAGAGCUCUUAGAUCCUGUCUUUGCUGAAGCCAUCACAGGUCUGGGAACACCCAAGGAGAUACGCUUUUCUGAUGUGACCGAUACAUCGGCCACUGUUCACUGGACUUUGCCCCGUACCCAUGUAGACAGCUACCGGGUCACCUAUGUGCCCAUUCAGGGUGGCAGCCCUAUGACACUGAGAGUAGAUGGAGGAGAGUCUCAAGCCAUGCUGCCUAAUCUGACCCCUGGAGUGACCUACCAGGUCACUGUCAUCGCUGUGAAGGGUUUGGAGGAGAGUGAACCAGGAUCUGAUAGAGUCACGACAGCCCUGGAUAAGCCUCGAGGUCUGACAGCAGUCAACAUCACUGACACUGAAGCUCUGCUGCUGUGGCAGCCGUCCAUUGCUACUGUGGAUGGAUAUGUCAUCACUUACAGCGCAGACAGUGUGGCUCCAGUGAUGGAACGGGUGUCUGGGAACACUGUGGAGUUUGAGUUGAGCUCCCUCACACCUGCCACCUUAUACACCGUUAAAGUUUAUGCUGUCAGAGAAGCAGCCAAGAGCGCUGCAACCACCACAGAGUUCACCACCGAUGUUGAUGCCCCUCAGAAUCUGGCUGCCAGUAAUAUUCAAACAGAAAGUGCCAUGUUGACAUGGAAGCCACCAAGAGCAGACAUCAGUGGGUACAUCCUCAGCUUUGAGUCCGCUGAUGGCAUUGUCAAGGAGGUUGUCCUUAGCCCCACGGCAACAUUUUACAGCAUGUCUCAGCUGACUUCCUCCACAGAGUACACAGUCAGACUGCAGGCCAUCGCUGGGCCAAAGAGAAGCAGAAUCAUCUCGACAGUCUUCACCACCAUUGGAGUGCUAUACAAGCAUCCUAAAGACUGCUCGCAGACUCUGUUAAAUGGAGAAACAACCUCAGGCCUGUACACUAUUUACCUGCGUGGAGAUGAGAAUCAGCCUCUGCAGGUCUACUGUGAUAUGACCACUGAUGGAGGUGGCUGGAUUGUGUUUGUGAGACGGCAGAGCGGUAAAGUAGAGUUUUUCAGAAACUGGAAGAACUACACUGCAGGCUUCGGUGACCUGAAUGAUGAAUUCUGGUUGGGUCUCUCUAGCCUCCAUAAGAUCACCUCCUCUGGGCAGUAUGAGCUGCGUGUGGACCUCAGAGAUAAGGGCGAGUCUGCAUAUGCGCAGUAUGACAAGUUUUCAGUCUCAGAACCACGCAGUCGUUACAAAGUGCAUGUUGGAGGAUACAGCGGCACUGCAGGUGACUCAAUGACGUAUCACCACGGCCGUCCAUUCUCGACCUACGAUAAUGACCACGAUAUAGCUGUCACCAACUGUGCUCUGUCUUACAAGGGAGCUUUCUGGUAUAAAAACUGUCAUCGAGUGAAUAUAAUGGGACGAUACGGAGACAACAGUCAUAGCAAGGGUGUAAACUGGUUCCACUGGAAGGGUCAUGAGCACUCCAUCGAGUUCGCAGAGAUGAAGUUCAGGCCCACCAACUUCAGGAAUUUUGAGGGAAGGAGAAAGCGAUCGUAAACCAGUGCUCUCCAACUCGAACCAAGCAACCCUCCACUGCUGACCAUUUGCCCCUUGUUUCUCCUGCAUCCUCUCAUCCCCUUCAUCUACCAAAGUCACUGCCAGAAGCCCAGCCUGCUCUUCACACUCUCCUAUUCAUGGAGAACAAGUACAAAAAAGUUUUCACCCCCCAUUCAAAGCUACAGUCCAUACACAGUUGUGUGUGUACCACUUCUGUGCAUGUCAAUCUGACAGUAAACCAAUAGACUCAUAGUGAAGUGUUUAACAUUACACACUGUGCCUGUACAUCUUAAGCACACCAAAGACAGACACUCCAGUAACAUCUAUAUGAUACAAUGCCUACGGAGAGGAGAUUUUGAGUUUGGCUUGGUGCUUUCCAGUUUAAAAAAUAAUGAUAUUAUUCUUUCUGUAUAUCCCAUACAGUUACAGUGGGAAGAGUUGAAUGUUUGUGUGUGGUAUUUUUGCUUCAGAGCCUCUUCCCUAGCUAGGCUGUGAAUUAGCCUCAACAAUUAUUUAUCCUUUAACUUCUCAAUUAGGGCUAGAUGUUUAAUGGCACACGGUAAAAACUCAGCAUUUAAUAUGCAGGACUGCAUAAAAAUAUCUAGUGGGGAGGCUCAGAGAUUUUUUUUUCAUCUCUUUUGACUGUCUGUGACAAAUCUAAGUACCCAUGCUCUCUGUUUUCUCUCUCCCACAACUCAUGCAUUCAUCAGUUCUGAAGUGGUGCAUUUCUGCAACCAGUACAUACACAGUACUGCUAAGUGUUUAUAUGCACCUUUCGUCGUGUUUCCUGUACCCUAUAACUAUAUGGGCAUUCAGUCACAGAGCAUAAGAAUCUUGAUUUGUUGAUUGUUAUCCUCUAAAAAAAUUUUUUUAAUGAAACAAAAGUUAAGGCAGGACCUAUGUUCAGUCUUUUGUUUAAGUGAUACUGUGUAAUGUUCAAGAUUCAGGAAAAGGAAAAGUAAUGGCCAGGUGAUUGGAAUUAUUGUAAACAUAGCCUCAUAUGAAAGUUCUGUUUGCAAAAAAUAAUUAAGAAUUAAUAUACAGAAAUAAGUCUUUGUGUUUGCCCCUACCCUGUUUUCGACUUAACCACUGACCCUAUACAAUACCUGUGUAAAUUAUGUCUCGAUUUGGUAUUUGAAUAUUUUUGUUUGUUUGUUUGUUUAUUAAAUGGGUGUACAACAGGUGUUUCUUUGUAACCCCUCUUACAAUAAAACGGAU